AUGCGAGGGACGAAGAAAUACAGGCAUGUCAUUGAGACACCAGAUCCUGGCAGGUGGGAGCUGGCGGGCUACGAGGCCACCUUGCCCAUCAGUGAAAAGUCCAACCCCAUCACACGGGAGCUGGACCGGGCCGACCCAGCACAGAUUGUCCAGCUGCUGAAGGAAUGUGAUGCUGAGAUUUUCCAGGAGGAGGAAGAAGCCUUGCUCAACUACAAGAGGCUGUACAGUGAGUCGGUGCUGAAGACCAUGAUUGAUGUCAUCAGCAAAGUGCAGGAGAUGCUGAAGAACCCAGACAACAGUCUCAUUGUCCUGAGUGGUGGUGGCACAUCCGGCAGACUAGCCUUCCUCGUUGCUAUUUCCUUUAAUAAGCUGCUAAAAGGCCUGGGUCAACUACCCUGUUACACAUACAUCAUUGCUGGAGGAGAUAGAUCCUUGGUGACAUCUCAGGAAGGACUGGAAGACAGUGCUCUGCUGGGGAUUGAGGAGCUGAGGAAGGUCUGUGAUGGGAAAAAGAAAGUGGUUUUCAUUGGCAUCUCCUGUGGCUUAUCUGCUCCGUUUGUGGCAGGGCAACUGGAUUUCUGCAUGAAUAAUCUGGAUAUCUUCCUACCAGUCCUGGUGGGAUUCAACCCUGUCAGCAUGGCCAGGAAUGAUAAGAUCGAGGGCUGGCACUCCACUUUUCGCCAGGUUGCUGAACGAAUGCAGAAGCUUCAGGAAUCACACAAAGCCUUCAUCCUCAACCCUGCUGUGGGGCCUGAAGGCAUCUGUGGCUCUUCACGGAUGAAAGGUGGCAGUGCCACCAAGAUCCUGCUGGAGACACUGCUGCUGGCAGCACACAAGACAGUCUCCAGGGAGACUGAAAUCUCAGAGAAGUGCCUUGUGGAGAUCCUGAGAACAUAUGAACGGGCACACAAAGUCACCUAUGCUCAAAGCAGAAAGAUAGCUGCCCUGCUGAAGCAAGCAGGUACCAGUCUGCAGAAGAAGGCCUGUGUGUACAUGGUGGGCUGGCACACUCUUGGUCUUAUUGCGAUCAUGGAUAGUGUGGAGUGCAUACCAACCUUUGGGGCAGACUCUAAGGAUGUGCAAGGCUUCCUGAUUGGGGAUCACAGUGAGUUCUUUAACAAAGAGACAGACCUAUUAGCACAGAGCCCACAGAUUGCUUUCUCUCAGGAGGACUUUGUGAAGAGCAUUCUGCCCUCCCUGACAGAGCUAGACACAGUUCUCUUCCUCUUCACCCUGGAUGAUGACCUUGCUGAGGUGGAGGAGCUUGUGGUUCAGGUGAAGGAGAAGACAUCAAACAUCCAGGGACUGUCUCAUGCCACAGUUGGGCAGUAUCUGCCGGCCUCCCUCAAGAAGCUGUUCCCUACCAUCAUCAGCAUCAUGUGGCCCAUACUGUUCCUGGAGUAUGAGGGGAAUUUUAUCCAGAAGUUCCAGCGGGAACUCAGCACCAAGUGGAUUCUCAACACAGUCAGCACUGGGGCCCAUGUCCUGAAAGGCAAAAUCCUCCGCAACUGUAUGGUAGACUUGCGAAUCAGCAACUCCAAGCUGUUCUGGAGGGCAGUGUCCAUCCUGCAGCGGUUCACAGGGCACACACAGGCCAGAUGUCUGGAUAGCCUCCUGCAGGUCAUCUAUGACUCUGAGGUGCUGUUAGAUGACCUCCGUGGCAAAGAGAUCUCUACACACAUUGUGGUAGCAACAGAAAAAAACAAGGUUGUCCCCACAGCUCUUCUAUGCUUGUUGAGGAACUGUUCAGUGCAGGAAGCCCGAAUGCGCCUGGACACCUCCCACUCCAUCCGUGCUGCCAUUGAGGCUUCACUGAAUGCCCCAGGGCGCAAACGAGGAACAGAUAAAUAUGAUGCUGCAAGCAGGACCACAUAG